CAAAAACAGUACAUUAUUUGACAGGUCAGAUUGUGAAACCAACAGACGACAUGAUCCUAUAAGUUCUAAUUCACUCCCCCAUCUAUCCAUGCUAUUCCAAGACAACUUUUCAUGUUCUAGCAUUUUAGCCAUGUCAAAAUUAACAGGGAAAGGUCGCCAAAGGAUUGAGAUGGUGAAAAUCUCUAAGGAGAGUAAUCGUUUGGUAACCUUUUCGAAACGCAGGUAUGGAGUUUUCAAGAAAGCUAGUGAACUUUCUACUCUUUGUGGUGCUGAAAUCAGUAUUAUAGUCUUCUCGCCUGGAAAAAGAGCCUUCUCUUUCGGUAACCCUUCAGUUGAAACAGUCGUUGAUCGCUUCCUCUCAAAUAAACCUCCCCGAAUUUCAGGCUCUCUGCAACUUAUUGAAGCUCACCGUAGUUCCAGACUCCGUGAACUCAAUAUGCUGCUUACUAAGACUCUUAAUGAAUUGGAAAUGGAGAAAAAGCGAGGAGAAGAGCUUGAUCGGAUCAGGAAAGCUAGCCAGGCUCAGCACUGGUGGGAAUCUCCUAUAGAGGAACUUGACUUGACACAGUUAAAGCAGUUGAAGGCUUCCUUAGAGAUGCUCAGGCAGAACGUCGGAAAGCAAGCUGAGCAGCUUCUAUUUCAAGCAACAAAUAGUCAUCAAUUUUAUGCUCCAACAACUAGCAACAGAGUUCUUCCUUUUGACCCAAAGAAUGGUGGAUUCAACACAACUCUGAUGCCUUAUCAAUAUCCAAAUCUUGGAUGUGGUGGGUUUUAUUAAGUUUAUUGAUUGUGUUGUUGAAAUUAGAAGCUUAGCUACAACCCUACAGUUAUGUUUCAUUUGUGACUAUGUAUUUGGAUCAUUUGUGUAUUUGUGCAGGCUAUAAAUGUAACAAA